AUGAGAAUAUUAAAUACUUUAAUGCCCUGGGCUAUAGCUGGCAGUAUAGUUUCGGCCAGUGAACUUGAAGGAUCACGUAAUUUCAAGAGAAAUGUACAGUACGUGACGCAAGUUACUACAGUUAAUAUGGAUUUAGCGGCCUUUUUGGAAGGCUUGAUAGGAACACCUACUUCGAGCACUACAGAAGUUGUUCCCUCCACUUUCAGUACAACGAGCACCACGGAAGCUGCUACAGAAGCUGUCAGUACCUCAAGCCCUAGCACUACCAAAACAUCUGAGAAUUUGAGAUCAUUUUGGGCUCAGUUGCUUGGCUGGGGAAGUGAUGAUGGGGGAUCGUCUAGCAGCAGCCUUACUACGACGAGUUUAACUGCAUCGAGCGCCGCUACUGGGGCUGGUUCAGAUACCACAGAAGCCACAGAUAUAGCCUAUACAACUUCAAUUACAUCAGCGUCGAUUCCCAAUGCAUAUACUACUACGUCAGAUACAGAAACUUCUACUGGUUCCUCAGGUUCAACUCCCAGUAGUUCGGGAUCGAGCUCCGGAGCUAGCAUUUAUGUUCCCAAUUCUGCAGGUAUCACCUACUCCCCUUAUACAGAAAGUGGUUCCUGCAAAACAGCCAGUGAAGUCAAGAGUGAUAUGGAAAAAUUAUCUGGCGUUGGAAUGAUUAGGCUCUAUAGCGUGGAUUGCUCCGGUAUAAACAACGUUUUGGCGGCUCUACCAUCUGGCGCUAAACUUUUCUUAGGAGUGUGGAAUAUUGAUUAUAAUGAUCUCACGACUGAUUUACAAACAAUGAAAGAAGCCGUAGAGUCCUCUUCUGAGGGUUGGGAUGCUGUUCACACCAUAUCAAUAGGAAACGAGAGAGUUAAUUCUGGCUUAUCUUCAGUUUCGGAAGUAGUCACAGCUGUUCAAAAUGCGAGGAAGUGGCUCAAGGCAAAUGCAGCUGAUUUUUCAGGGAAAGUAGUGACUGUCGAUACACUUGUCGCUGUCAUGGACAACACCGAUUUAUGUGACGCUUCAGAUUAUUUAACGGUGAACUGCCAUCCUUAUUGGGAUGGUAGUGUGUUACCUUCAAAUUCUGGAACUUGGCUUGAACAGCAAAUUUCAGAUUUGAAGAGCACUUGCAAUAACGGUAAAGAAAUUUUCAUUACUGAGACCGGCUGGCCAACUGAGGGGCAAACAAAUGGAAAAUGUGUCCCAUCGGAAGCAAAUCAAUUGGCUGCAAUAAAAGAUAUCGUAAGCAAGGUUGGUGAUCAAACUUUACUUUUCACUAUGUAUAAUGACUACUGGAAAGACCCAGGUGACAUGGACGUUGAGCAAUAUUGGGGUAUUUUUGGUAAUCCUAGCGCAUAA